AUGCAAAGAUUGUUGGAUCCCAAGAAAUUUAGAAAGGAUGUUUUCGAUGGGUUGAAAAGAGGAGUGGAUGCGACUGACGGAAUCCCAGAUGUGUUUUUCCAGGGUACUAUGUUAAUCAAAUCUAUGGAGAUUUGGUUGGUCCAAAAGAUGAAUUUCGACAUUUACACUAUAAUACGGUCAUACAUGACGGAAACUAACGUCAUUCAAGAUCAACGGGAUUUACUGGAGGCGAACAAUACGGCUCUGAUGGAAAAGAUGGAAAUCCGGAUGGGAUACCAUUUUCGGUGUGGACACCAUGUGAAUGGAACCUUUUGGGAGCAGAUGAUACAGAUUCCUGAGGAGGAUAUGGUGCAUUCGCUUGUGGAUAAUGCUCGAGUGGAUAAUAAAGGUCGUGGAAGGCUAACACCAGGGAAGCAAGAUGAUGAUAGGAAAAUCUUGAAUCUUCUGUAUUGGCCGUUCAAGAAUACACCUGGGGCAUUCGAGUAUGUCGAGAAAAUGAUACCGGAGAGAGAGUCGAGAUUUUCCUGUGAACUUGUAUGA